AUGCGUACUCCUAGAAUAGCCAUUCUCGUCUUCUUCUUCGCCGCCUCGUUCUUUCUCUUCUGCCGCUCCGUCUCCUCGCCAUCGCGCUCCAACGCCAUCGUCAACCCGGCCGCCGUCCCGCCAUCACGGUUCCAGAGCCUCUUCUCCUUCACGGCGCCAUUCUCCAUAUUCACCCCGAAUGCCGCCAUCAGCCUGACCGACGACAACAGCACGUCCUUCGUCGCUCGCCCUGCCGCCUUUGGCCCGAACCUGCCCAACAAGGGCCUCAGCGGUCAGCUAUGGAUCGGCAGCGGCUUCGCCGACGAUAACCUACAAGAGGGCGAGGGCGAGGGCGAGCUCGGAUGCACCGACAUCCCCGGCUGGGAGGACGGCAAGCCCAACGCCGUCCUCAAGUCCGCCGCCAAGGGCGUGUCCAAGUCGGACACCAAGGCUGCCACUGCUGCUGGCAAGCCUGGCCACCACAAGCGGGACAAGGUCGAGGCCGACAAGGACGCAGUCCCCGGCGCCGUCGGCGUCCCUAGCACGCGGCUCAAGUCCAAGAUCCGCCCCCUCGACGACGGCACCGACGACUACCUCCACCAAGGCCUCGCCCGGAAGCCCAAGCCGAACCACGAUAGCGCCGUGUCCACCGAGUCGACCCACGCCGAUAUCCAAUCGAUACAAGAGGCUGCGGAGAUCGCCGGUAAGAUUGUGCUGCUCAGUCGCGGCGGUUGCGGUUUCUUGGAGAAGGUCAAGUGGGCGCAGCGACGUGGCGCCAUCGCCCUCAUUGUCGGCGAUAACACAAAGGGCGGACCUCUGAUCCAGAUGUUUGCUCGAGGCGACACCUCCAACAUCUCCAUUCCCUCCGUCUUUACCACCCGCACCACCGCUCACUUGCUUUCGUCCCUGACCCAGCCGGGCAGCUUUAUCGAGGACACCAUUGACGAGCACGGCCGCCCCGCCCUCAAGGUCCUGCACUCUGACGGUGCGAACCGGAAGAACAGGAAGACCAAGCAAAAGGCCGCCACCACGACGCCCACGCCGACACCCAAGGCCAAGGCCACGGCGACGCCCAAGGCCAAGGCCAAGGCUGCCACGAAGGCCAAGGCCCCCAAGACGAAGGAGACUAGCAGGCCCCGUGUCGGCUUCUUCCGCUGGCUGUUCAGCUGGGGUCGUAGUUCGCGAUCCGGCGACGGCAGCAUCCAGCCUCCCAGUAGCGGGCGCCAUAACUGGGUCCUCGUUGACGACUGGAGCGAGGAGAAGGACAGGAGCAUCCGCGAUGGCCUCGGCAAGGCCGCCAAGAGGGGCAAGGGCAAGGCUCCCGAGUCCCGCAAGAACGAGGACAGCUUCCAGAUUGGCGUCCAGGACUGGCGGGACCCUGACCUCGUGGAUGCCCCGAGCACCAAGGACAAGAACGAGAAGGCGGAGCACGCCGGCAAGACGGAAAGCAACGCAAAGGGAGGCAAGGAUGCCAGCGGCCCCAAGGGUGGAAGCAUCACCCCCGGAAGCGGCGAGUACAACCCCAACAUGCCCCCCGUCGAGCCCAAGGGGUCCGCCUCUUCCGACAAGGAUUCUGCUGCCCACGCCGGCAUCAUGUCCAAGAUUUUUGGAGACGACGAUGGCGCCGACUUCUCCAAGGAAGACAAGCCCAAGGAGCCUCCCGCGCCGGAGAAGCCGAUCCCCGACGACGAUGACAACGAGCCCAUUGGACACGAUGGUCUUUGGGUUACCAUCACGCCUUCAACCAGCUCCAGUCCCUUCUUCGAUACCUUGUUGGUCCUCGUGGUCAGCCCUCUGAUUACCCUGAGCGUCGUCUACGCGCUGCUCAUCCUGCGUGCGCGCAUUCGCAGAAGACGAUGGAGGGCGCCCAAGUCGGUCGUCGAGCGCCUCCCCGUGCGCACCUACCACACCGUUGCGGCCUCGCCUGUGCCCUCACCGAGAUUGCCCUCGCCCACGAGCCCGACUCCCACCACGCCUCUGCUGCAGCAGACUCCUACUCGGCCAAGGCCUCGUUCUAGGACAACGACGGGAAUUCCCGAGUCGGAGAGUCUGUUGUCCGUCAACUCGGCUUUGCAGAUGCCCAGGUCGCCUUUGCGGGCCGAGCAUGAAAAGCCAAACGGCAGCUACUCGAGCGAGUGGAAGAAGUACAUGGGCAGGCAGGUUGAGUGCGUUGUGUGUUUGGAGGAGUACGUCGACGGCGUCAGUCGUGUCAUGAGCUUGCCCUGCGGCCAUGAGUUCCAUGUGGAGUGCAUCACACCUUGGUUGACGACACGCCGUCGCACAUGCCCCAUUUGCAAGGGCGACGUUGUGCGGUCGCUGGCGCGCGGCUCUCCAUCCAGCCCUCGCUACGAGCCAUACCACGACGACUCUGACGACGAGGUGGAAGCCGAGGCGUCUGGCUCAGGAGACAGAGGCGAUGAUGUCGAACAAGGGAUCCUCUCGCCGGCGCCUAGAGGACGACAGAACCGACCUGAAGGAUGGCUCGGCCUGCUGUCGGGCAGCUUUGGGGGAUCCUCCCGCGCGAGCCGAUCGUCGCAGGAGGACCGCAACAGGUGA